UGCUGCAGUGUCGUCUGUUGGGCUGAGCUGUCCUCCGGGCUAGGGCGAGGGCCAGAUGCAAGGGACCUCAGUUGUGACCCUGCAGGCAUCCCUACACCUCGCAGGGAGGCCAAAUGCCAUGUGAGAAGAAUGGACGUUGCUGUGUGGGUCCGGCCGCUCAUAGGCAGGUAUAUGCAAUGGAGCAGCCUGACUGGGAUCUGGAUAGAGUCGAAC